CACAACAUGGGAAAAUGCUUCAAACCAAAAACUACAAAAAGAACAUUCUUAAAGAUAUUUUUUGUCAGUUAAACAGUUUCUAUUCAUCUGUUUAAACAUUACAUGCAAAAUCUGAUCUGGAUUCCCUUGUUGCACUUUUGAGUGAAGGUGCUGAGCAACGUCUGCGCCGUGUGGUUGUUCCAGUAAAUCCUGUGAGAGGAGACUUUCCUGCCGACACUGCAUCCGCACUCUCCGUGUGAUUACUCAAAAGAACGCCAUGCCGCUGCUGAGAGCACUUUGCAGAGGAGAGAUAUGAAGUUUGAAUGAAAAGCCACAGUGGAAGAUGAGAUCAGUGAGAAAGUGGGCACCUGUCUGUGUGUUGUUGGCGCUGGUGCUCAUGUUGUAUCAUGACCCAUAUCUGAUUCUCUGGUGGCCUCAGCAACCUGCCGAGAACACCAAGACUCUACCUCUGGAUAUGGCGACAGAUUCCGUUGACGACAUGUACGGCGGCUGCCGAUCUGAAGCGACUUACCUGGUCAACCUGUACUUCUCGUUUGAGUGGGGCGCCAACAGAAACUUCAGUUCGGCCAGGUCCUCAGCUGAAAGACAUGCAAAGGAACCUGCACACGAGGGCCUGAAAAAAGGCCACGCUGUCGCUCUGUACAUGUUCACGGAAGGGAAACGCAUACAGCAGGAUUUCAACACAGCAGUGAGAACAGGGAAACACAAGUACAGCACUCAUGAAUUCAAGUACCACCACUUCUACUUUUACCUGACUGAUGCCAUCCAAGUGCUGCAUCACAGUCAGAUAUUGUGCAGAAGCGCUUAUCAUAGGACGUGGAGGCAGUUCAACCAGGAUGUCAUCAACACCAACAUGCGGUUUGGUGCUUUCACUUUGGCAGCUUCAGCUGAGCAGUCAUUUGAAGCUAAUGGCAGCGUGUCUUGUUUUGAGAUCUUUACAUGCUUCAGCGCUGAUGUGACAUAUUACUCUGCUACGAGGAUGAAAGGACAGAUACUGAUUCCUCCCUACGAGGUUUUCAAGAUCACCGACGUCCUGACGGAUGACCCGAGGUGCACCGUGGUCUACAAGCUCCACAGCACCAAAACGCCAAGGAGAGAUCUCAACUGCAAACUGAAUAAAAGACUAACAGAGACGUUUUUGGAUUCAACAAACUGAUACUGAAGCAGAGCUGCAACGAUGUUAGCAUGUGUGAUACUGAUGGUUAUUAUUUCUUCAAGUGUUUUGUUGAAUUCUAUUUUUAAAGCUCAUUUAAAAAAACACACUUGAUCAAAGUGCUGCACAAUAAAUAAAAACAAAGAGAAGUAAAAGUAUAAAAUACAAUCAAAUAAAGUAUAAUAGGAUUUAGGUUUUAGGCUAAAACAAAUAUUUUUAGCAUUUCAAACAUUUAUUUCACAGUGCUCAAGAACGCUGCUCGAAUAAAUGAACUUCAUUGUAUGAAACAAGGCUGACUGUGGGACAUUGUAAUUAAUUGAUGUAUUAAAACAGUUCAAACAUAAGUAUAUGCUGUGGUAUAUUGUUUAUUAUUUAAAACAAAGAACUAAAAGAGCAGUUUCAAUACACAAUUUUUUUUUUUCUGUAUAUGUGACAUUUAAAAACAUUUUCAUAUCAGUGAUGCAGAAAGGCCAAAGAUCCAUUUGUAGAGAAAUGAUCCUGCACUCUCUCAUUCAACUGUGCCACUCUGGCCACACUGUAAAUCUGUAUCUGUUUACAUUGUGUGUGUGUAUAUAUAUAUAUACAUACAUGUAUGUAUUUUUAGUACAUUUUCUUGUAUAUAUAUUGUAUUUUUUCUUAUAGUAAUGUUUUGAAUGUCCUCUUUGCUGUUGCAAUAUAGCAAAUUUCCCUGUAGUGGGACUAAUAAAUGAUUGUCUCAA